CGAAAUCAACAAUUUCUAUUUUCCUUCUUUGUUUGUAAAUUUGUGUAAAAAUUGUUAAGUGUAAAUUGUUUCGUGUAAAUAACUUAAAAUAUCAUUAUCAGUAAAAUUUUACGACGAUGUCUUCUAUGGAUUUUGAUCUCUAGCACAAAAUUGUGUUUGUUCAGUUUUUGUAGGACAAGUGAAGUGAAGUGGACGCGAUCUUGGCCAAACUCUUAACAAGCUAAAAAUACUUUUGCUUCGUUAUAUAGCGAUUUGUAAACUAAACUUUCUUUUCUUAUUUGUGAUGUACCCGCAUUCCACCAGCGCUGAAGAAGAACAGAAGACGAAUCUGAUUCCGAGUGUGAAGCUUCUUCAUUCCAAAAGAAAAGGAAUAUUCAUACACCCCUCGGCUAUGUACAGAAGUAGUGCACCCAGCUGCACGAAUAAUUUUACAGUUUCAAUAGCAAGAACUGUGUGUGGGUAAAGUCUUGUUGCGUCGUAAAUAGAGAAACUGAAAAAAUGAAACUCUUGGAGAGUGGUCGCCUAGAGGCCCUGAGCAGCGCCCUGUCAAUCCUGAACGGUGAUAGCGCUGUGCAGAGCCGCGUAGAGAGCUACAGUUGCAAAAUGGCUGGAACUGAGAAAGCUUUCUAUAAACGAUUCACUGCUGAUGGAGAGACCUCCCGUGACCUGCAAGCCCUGUCUCCACCUGAAGGGGUCAUGUAUAGUCGGAGCUUGUCUGGGGAUGAGGAUGGUGUGCUGUGCGACACAAUCUCACGGAAGACACUCUUCUAUUUAAUUGCGACAUUGAAUUCUGCCUUUCCAGAUUAUGAUUUUUCAAUGGCAAAGAGCAGCGAGUUCAGUGCGGAGCCGUCGCUGAGCUGGGUGCAGGGCGCGGUGGACGGCGCGCUGUCGCCGGUGGGCGGCGCGCGCUGGCGCGGGCUGCGCGCGGCGCUGUGGGCGGCCGUGGACGAGGAGGUGGCGCUGCCCGACUGCCGCAUCUACAGCUACAGCCCCGACCUGGCCAGCGACCCCUUCGGCGAGCCCGGCUGCCUCUGGGUCUUCAACUACUUCUUCUACAACAAGAAGCUGAAGCGGAUUGUAUUUUUUACUUGCAGAGCUAUGAGCCCAGUCUGCGCGGUCGACUCUGGCGUUGAUUUCGCUAUGGACGAAGAUGAGGAGUAUAAUUAAUUAAUGGUUUAAAAUUGUUCAAUGUUAAUAAAUAAGAUGAGCACCUCUGAAAUAACUCCUAUUUUAAAGAUUAACAAUAUUGUUAAGUCACAUUUAAUUUUAUCAACAUGUGGGCAAUUAUAAAUAAAUAAAUGCAUUGUAUGGGUCUUAACUAAACAUAAUAACUAAUUGCUUACUUUAUUUUUACCCAUAAGUUAAUUGUAACUAGACAUUUUCACAUAAAUCUAAGUUUGUUCAACAUUAAAUAAAGUUGUUUUAGAGGAUUCAACGAAAAACAGAAAUAUUUUCGGUGUACUAAUACUAAUAAUAUAGUGGUGGUAUCGAAGGUGGAAUAAUAUAGUGAUGGUAAUUUGUAGAAAAGGUUGUUUAGCAGUAGCUUUAUUUUCCGGAAUCUUCUCUUUUGUGAAACUGUCUAAACUAUAUGGUUUUAUAAAUGUGCUGUAAGAUCGAAUGUAGCUUUAUGAUGUUUUUAUUUUAAUUGUACUUUAUAAUAAUAUGUAUAAAACUGCAAAUAUUAAAUAGUUUAAGGUGAUUUUCAUAUGCUGUAUGCGGUUACCGAUGUCACAGUACGAGCGGGACAGUGUUAUAGAUAUACAUAACAUUCUCUCACCUGCACGUUGAUAUCGAGUAAGCCACAUCGGUGUGAUUUCGCGUUUUUGUAUUUUUCUUUGUAGGCAACUUCUUAUUUUGUCUGCGCCAAUCGCUGUGACCUGCGCUGCGCGAGCCUUGCUAACUGCUACAUAAAUUUUUGGGCUCGCGUGGUUUAGAGAUGAGAACAUACCUGAUAGAGGUCGCACAUUUUUUUUACCUCACUGACCUCACUAACACAGAUAUAACCUGCACAUAAUUAUGAGGUUUAUUAGUCAACGAGUGGUGCAGACACAUUUUUACUAAGUAUUGUCGAAAUAUAUUAUUUAAUAAGUAUCUAUUAUCUUUUCUCAACCAUACACGGAACUUCUUAAGAAGUGACUGACUGACUGGUAAGUCAGUGAGUGGCUGAAUGCAUAGCUUACCAGUAUCUAAUUUAAAAUUAAAUGAGCGUUCAUGUCUGCAAUGAAUUUUAUAGCGUUCGGUACAAAUUUCCGUGUAUUUUCGAGAAAGGCAUUGCAUACCUACUUCUGCAGGGACCAGGAUUGCUUGAAUAUAUAUUACAGAGAGUUUAGGUUUUUUUUUUCCAAAAUCUUGAACCACUGUAUUUAGUACCUUUCAAGCAAUUUUUGCCUUCCCGGCCGUUAUUUUACAUCUUGAAACUUGGUUUUGGUUGCCGCAUUUAAUAAGAGGCAUUUCUUUUUUUUCUGUAUACCUACUUUUUAUUUUCAUGAUUCAGAUUUACAGAAUAUGUAUGAAUUUUAACAAUAAUCAAAUUUAUUUAUAGUUACAGUUAUCUCUGGUAUAAGGGUGUAGACUGUAGAUUUAGGUGUGACUUGUAAAAUAUAGAAAUAAAAAAGCUGAGUUAAGAUCUCAAUGUUUCGUACCAAAAUGUAUGUCAAUGUCGAAGUUUGGAAGUGGAACGAAUAGAUAUAACACCUACUUGGAAGUAGUUUAAUCAGGUUUAAAAUCUCAAAAUAAAUUGCAACACUUCAGAAAAUGGUUGUUUUCUUUUUGAGAUUUUAUAGGUACUUGAUUGUACAUUUUAUUUUGGUGUAUAAACCUUUAUUUCAGCUUUGGGAAGUGCUUGGUGCUUAGAAUUGAUCUAAUUUCUACAUCUUGUACACUAACCGUGUCUUUAUUUGUAUUUUAACAACGUAAGUUUUAUGCAUUAAAUCAGUAGAUUACUGCCAAGUACAAGCUCUUUAAGAAAAAAUCAUUUGUAUGAUGGCCUUUGCCUCAAAAUGUUCAUAAUUCAGUAAAAUGUGAUUUUGUGUGUGAGCGACACUUGGCUGAACUUGAAGUAUUAGCGUAUUGUGGAUAGCGGAAACCGUAUUUUAAGUCACUUAGAAAUCCGCCUAUAUUUUAGGGCGUCACUUUCAAUAUUGUUAGCGACAUAAUUACACUGAAUUAUACAUUUUUUUCUGAA